UGAGUAUUUUGCAUCUUUGAUGAUGUGUCAAUGUGCCAUCCGGCGAUAGGUGGCGGUAAUGCACUUGUGUGUCAACGAUCCGCCGUGAAACAACAAGACGACGUUAUCAGUCAGCGUUGGGUUUCCUGAGAUUUUGGCAUUUCUGUUACUCCUACCUCACAGCAAUUCACCUACAGUUCAGUGUCUUCACAGCAGUUCACCAAUAAAUGCUGGAAUGGUCCCAUUAGCCUAAAGUGAAGAAGACCAAGUUUGUGAAAGAAAACUGAAAACAUGAAUGUUCCAGAGCCCGGCGAAAUAAAACAGGAAGAUAUUGAACAACAAAUAGACCUGAUUGAAGAGAACAAGGAAAUUGAAGGACUCAUUGAAGUGGGGGAGAAACAUCAGGUCAAAACUGAAGAAACAUCCUGGAGAUCCUCAUUGAAAAACAAGAAUAUAUGUUUCACUUGCCCUCAGUGUGGAAAGAGUUUCUCAUGCAAGCAAAAUCUUGAUCUUCACAUAAAAUUUCAUCGUGGAGGAAAGCCAUAUGCAUGUGAUGAGUGCGAGAAGAUUUUCACAAUAAAAGGAAACCUUAUUGAACACAUGAAAAUUCACACUGCAGAGAAGCAUAUACGUGAUCAGUGUGGGCAGAGUUUUGUACAAAAACAAAACCUUGAUGAACAUAAGAAAAUCCACAACCUGGAAAGGCCGUACAAAUGUGAUCAAUGUGGGAAGAGUUUCCCAUUUAAAGGAAACCUUGACGAACAUAUGAGGAUCCACACUGGAGAGAAGCCACACAAAUGUGAUCAAUGUGGGAAGAGUUUUGCACAAAAAGGAAACCUUAAUGAUCACAUGAAAAUCCACACUGCAGCGAAACCAUACAGAUGUGAUCAGUGUGGGAAGGGUUUCCCACAAAAAGGAAACCUUAACGAACACAUGAAAGUCCACACUGGGGAGAGGCCGUUCGCAUGUGAUCAGUGUGGGAAGAGAUUCACACAUAAAACAAACCUUAAUGAACACAUGACAAUUCACACUGGAGAGAAACCACACACAUGUGCUCAGUGUGGAAAGAGUUACGCACGAAAAGGAGCCCUUAAUGAUCACAUGAAAAUCCACACUGGAGAGAAUCUGCACAAGUGUAAUCAGUGUGGAAAGAGUUUCAGAAAAUCAGGCGUUUUUAAAGUACAUCUGCUUACUCAUUCUAGAGAAAGACUAUUUAACUGUGACCAAUGCGGUAAGAAGUUUUUUAGGGCAGAUUUCCUGAAGGACCACAUGAAAGUUCAUACUAAGGAUAGGCCUUAUGUAUGUUCUUUGUGUGGAAAGACUUUUAGACAGAUUGGUAAUUUAAAAAUACACCAGAAAAGACACAGCGGUAUGAAGGAUCAUGCUUGCUCUGAGUGUGGUAAGACUUUUUUUACAGAUGGCGCACUGAAAGUGCACCAGACAGUUCACACUAGAGAAACACCUUACAUGUGCUCACACUGUGACAAGAGCUUCAAACGGUCAGCAUAUCUGAGAAUACAUGAGAGGAUCCACACUGGAGAGAAGCCAUAUCACUGCCAUUCAUGUGGGAAGAGUUUCACUCACUUUUCUUCUCUAAUCGGUCAUAAAAAAAAAUGCAUGUCUGAAAUUACAGCAAGUAGUUUGAGUUCUUAUCUGUAAGACUGCAUCAAACAACUGUAUUU